ACGAACAGCAGGAAUGAAGGAGGAAUCGCCUGCUGCAAUGGCGUCAACGGAGGACUCUUUAGUUGCGUCGAUUGACAAAUCGAGGAACAAGGAAAAUGACAUUGAAUACUUGAAAAUUGAGCUCCAAAAGGCCGAGGAAUUGGAGGCGAAAUUAUCGGAACAAGAAGCUUCGUUUCAUAAGCUGAAAGAUGAAUUGAACAAGGUGAGAUCCUUCAAGUCCGACACGAUUGAUGUUCUGUCUGAUGAUCAAGAGAGAAUCAAGCAACUUCUUGAACAAAUCGAGGAAAGAAGAGAAUCCGAGAAGAAGAUAAAUGAUGCAUUCAUGGCUCGAUCGAAAGAGUUCGAGCAAGCCAAGAUUCAACUCGAGGAAUCCAAGAACAAAAUCAAGCCUCUUCUUGAAAUCCUGCAGAAUCGGGGCAAUCCGUCGUCAUCGGAUGACCGAUUGACGAGACUCGAAUCGGAGCUUCGAAUCACCAAGGAGAAAUUGUCUCGUGCCGAAGAGAACGAGCAAGCUUCUUCAUUGAAAGCCAAGGAUCUAGCCGAGGAAGUUCGACAUCUGAAAGAUGAAUUGAAAUCCAUCACCGAUGCCGAAGACAACAACAAGAAGGCCAUGGACGAUUUAGCCUUGGCAUUGAAAGAAGUGAUCACAGAAGCAAACGAAGCCAAGGACAAACUCUCUUCGACGCAGAUCGAGCUCGAGAAAACGAAAGGAUUCGUCGAAAACCUCAAGGCGAAGCUGAGGAUGCUGGAAGGGAAGUACAACGAAGCAAAGAAAGAAGCGGAACGAUACAAGAACACAUCGGAACGAUUGCGAAUCGAAGCCGAGGAAUCCCUCCUGGCAUGGAACACGAGAGAGAUCGGAUUCGUCGAAUGCAUUCGAAAAGCCGAAGAAGAACGAAACGCAGCAAAAGAAGAAUGCCAAUCGCUGCUCGAAUCGAUUCAAGAGGCUGAAAACAUGAACAAGAAGGCCAAGGAAGAGAAUCAGAAGCUUCGGGACAUCAUGAAACAGGCCAUAAACGAAGCCAACGUCGCCAAAGAAGCGGCUAACAUAGCUCGAGCCGAGAACUCGCAGCUCAAGGACGCCAUAGCCAAAAAGGAUGAAGCUUUGGAUUUCCUUUCACAAGAGAACGAGACCCUCAAGAUCAAUGAAGCGGCUGCUUGUGAAACCAUCAUGGAGUUGAAGAAGAUGUUUUGCGAUUUAGGCAACAAAGGAGUUUGAAAUGUCCUAUGAACAUGAAAACGGUAAGAAAACAAAUUAAAAACAAAAAAGAAGUGAAUUGCAUACAUACGUCACCACUUGUUUGAUUUUAAAAGUUCCCAUAGAAUAAAAAAGGAAGGGUUAAAGAAGAUGAAAGUGACGAAGAAGAUUCAAUGUUAGCUGAAAUUUCAUACACUGUAGCAGUAGGAAUCCAUCCAGAUUUAAAUGAUAUACAAAAACAUUAUAUUUUGUUAUUUUAGGUAAAAUGA